AGCAUUGAUUGGUUUCGCCAUUUUGCUUCAAAGCAUUCUACGGCCAAUGAAAACUUUGACAAGAUUGUCCAGACUCUUACUUCUAGUGCCUCUAGGCUUCUUCCACGCGUCCUCAAAGCUCAAAUUGGCACCGCUGCGCGCAGAUUGAACAUGCGGUAGAUGCUCACUAUCGGAGUUUAAGUUAGGUUAAGUACUAACGUACUGUGUAUACUGUGGGGUGUUAGGACACGUGUGUAUUAAUAAACAAUUUUGGUAAAAUUGAAAGUAAUUACGUAAAAUGGAAAUGGAAGUUGACGACAGUUUCGUGAAGAAGGAAGAUGCGAAUACUUCCGUCUCUACUGAGAUGAGUUAUGAAGAGAAGCUACAAUUUGCGAACGCCACGGCCAAACCCAUGGCACCUAAGAAACUAACUAAAAAAAUCUACAAAUGUAUAAAAAAAGCGUCGAAACAGAAAACGUACUUACGCAAUGGUUUAAAAGAUGUACAAAAGCAUAUUCGCAAAGGUGAAACUGGCUUGGUUGUCUUUGCGGGGGAUGUAUUUCCCAUAGAAAUCAUGUGCCACUUACCUGUUGUCUGCGAAGAUAAAAACAUUCCGUAUUGUUUCACUCCAUCCAGACAAGAUAUCGGUACAGCGAUGGGCGUAAAGCGUGGCAGUCUUAUGGUACUGAUAAAAGAACAUCAAGAUUAUAAGGAUCUGUAUGAUGAAAUUAAGUCUGUAAUGCAAACACUUCCAGCACCGAUUUAGUUUGUAUAUCUAAUGCAUUAACUUAUAGAUUGUAUGUAUUUUCUACAUUUAAAUUCUAUCUCUCUGACGUUUGCUUGUAAUGACACAAAAAUAUUUGAGUUUAUGAUACAUUAAUGUAAAUAACAUAAGUAAGUACAAACAAUUCAUAAAAUAAACUGGAAUAUCGCCAGCCUUGCGCAAAUUAUUCAUAUCUUUUAUUAAAGCAGUGCAUAUUUUUAAAAA